UGCCGCCGCUGUGUCCAUAGACAAAUCGAAGGAGGGAGGAAGUUUGUGAGUGAUCGAUUUUGCACCGGCCUCCCGAAACUCACGACGGGCAUUUUCUUUGUUUGCCCGGACGCUUGUGUUGUGCACAAUAAUCUAAACAGUAGCCGCGGUAGUUGUGAUAAAAUGGCGAACACGUUUCGCGCCGUGACGGUCUCAGCCGUCAACAAUGACGGCGCCCUGACGCCUCGUUUCAAUUAUCCGACAAACGUAAACGUGGAUUACGAUCCUCAAGGGUUGAGUGUUAAAGUGAUCCGUGCGGACCCGGUACUGGCGCAGGAGGUCUUGGAGUUCCCGGUGCACAGCCAGAGCGAGUGUUCGCGCGUGGCGGGCCAGAGUUACAUCUUCACGAUAGACAAUGAAACGCUGUUCUUCAAAUUCGCAUCCGAUGUCGAUUGCCAGAAUUUCCACUUGCUGGUCAGCAAAAUCAAAGCUGGCCGCUCGUCCUCAGUGUUCACGGUGCGGACGGAAGACUCCUCGGCGCUCCAGUAUUUCCAGUUUUAUGGUUACUUGAGCCAGCAGCAAAACAUGAUGCAGGAUUACGUACGGACGAGUACAUAUCAGCGCGCCAUUUUAUCGAAUAUCAACGACUUUAAGAAUAAAGUGGUGUUGGACGUUGGAGCCGGUUCAGGUAUUUUGUCGUUCUUUGCCGCUCAGGCUGGUGCUCGUAAAGUUUACGCGGUAGAAGCUAGUAACAUGGCACACCACGCGCAAGCUUUAGUUCGCGCAAACGCGCUCCACGACCGGAUCACGGUCGUAGCCGGAAAAAUUGAAGAGAUAGAGCUCCCUGAGACUGUAGAUGUGAUAAUCUCCGAGCCUAUGGGCUAUAUGCUGUACAAUGAACGAAUGUUAGAAACCUACUUGCAUGCAAAGAAAUGGCUCAAACCGAAUGGAAACAUGUACCCCACUAGAGGCGACUUACACAUAGCUCCGUUCACCGACGAUGCUCUCUUCAUGGAACAAUACAAUAAGGCUAACUUCUGGUACCAGACAUGCUUCCACGGAGUAGAUUUAAGUGCUCUCCGGACUGCAGCAAUGAAGGAGUACUUUAGACAGCCAAUUGUUGAUACAUUUGACGUCCGUAUCUGCAUGGCGAGAUCGGUGAGACACGUAGUUGACUUUCUUAAUGCUAAUGAGACAGAUCUGCAUCGCAUUGAAGUACCAUUCAGAUUUGAAUUGACACAAUCGGGAACAUGCCACGGACUUGCCUUCUGGUUUGAUGUGUUAUUUGCCGGCAGCACACAGCCAAUCUGGCUUUCUACAGCACCGACAGAGCCUCUCACACAUUGGUACCAAGUGCGCUGUCUACUUGAAACUCCGAUUUUCGCGAAACAAGGCCAAGCUUUAACUGGACGAGUGCUGUUACUAGCGAAUAAGCGACAGAGUUACGACGUGACAAUGGAAAUAAACCUAGAAGGCACAAAUAUCACAUCCUGCAACACAUUAGACUUGAAGAACCCAUACUUCAGGUAUACGGGUGCGCCAGCGGCACCUCCGCCAGGCGUGAACACGACAUCACCAAGUGAAGCAUAUUGGAGCUCUGUAGACACUGGAGCGCUCAGCAAUGGCCAGCAAGUCCUGCUAGAAACGCCCGCGUUCGGCGCAACGCCCGACUUGUCCUACCCUCAGCAUCCAAACAUGAUUAAGACAGUGAUGCUUCAGGAGGAGUUCAUCAAGAGGAUCGGGAUCAGUCAAAACGGGGACAUAUAAUCCGCGCGGACGCGCCGGGCGCGCCUGCGGGCCCUGAGGCGGCGUCGGUUGUGAUCCGGACGCUCUAGUGUGUAAGCGGACUUAUUUAUUUCGAAGACAUCACAGUGCGGCCGAUUUGAUCUGGAGCUGGUCUUUGUGGGUUUAGUUCUGGAAGACCAUGUUGUUAUUCGCCUUUUUGUAAUAUAAAUUUCCUUAGCCUCCUAAGUCCCAGCUUUUUUUAAACGUCAUAGUCCUAGAGGCCUCUUGUUCAUUUUUUUGCACAUAAUAAGUAUUUGCUGUCAGUCCUGAACAGACUAUUUACAACUCUAUGGACUGUCAGAAUACUCUGCGCGAGCAUUCAAAUUCGAAAGCGGGGGCAUCUAAAAAUUGUUUACCGAAAUAUGUACUAUAGAUGAUUAUUACUAUAGUAAUUUGUGGUUAAAGAAAUUUAUUUUCUCAAAACAUAAAAUAUGAGUGAGCAUGCAGGUAAUUAACAAGUUAUUAUAACAAAUAAAAACUAGAACAUGUCAUUCACGAGCAUUCAUUACAUGUAAAAAUAAACAUACGAACAUGCUUAGCAAAGUUUACUUAAUGCUGGGACUGAAGGACUUAUUAUGUACAAAAUUUGGUACCGCAGAACUUAGGAGGUUAGUUGUAGUCUUAUUCGAGGAAAUCAGUAAAAUGACUUGUGCUGAGAUUUUUUAAGCCAUGUAGAUUCCAAUACUUGCCUGUGAAAUGCCCAUUUUAAAGUAAAUGUGACGUUUUCAACCAAAAGGUACCACAUUGUCGCUUGUCGAUAAGGUUGAUUUCUAAUUGAAGCUAUAUGGAAAUAGCGCCUUACUGACAAGCGACUAAGUACCCUUUUGAUUGAAAAUGGCACAUAUAGUCAGCAGCAGAAGUUGCUAAGCGGGCGAGGUGCUCAAAAUGAUCUUGACAUGCUCUUAUUCUCUUAACAAUAAAUUCGAGUGGAGAUAUUUUGAUUACCUCUCCAACUUAGCAACUUCUGCUGCUGAUUGUACCAACAGUAACAUUCUUAACUGACCAUUGACAUAUGGUACACAAAAAUGUAUCGGAGUAAAUCUUAGAAUAAAUUAAAUUCACAAUUAAUAAACAAAAUGUUACUUUGACAAAGAAUUGUAAUAUAUGGCUUUCCAUCCGAGAAUUUCUGUUGAAAUUUCAGAGACACAGAAGGGUUUCUGUGUGGAAAGUCACAUAUUAUCAUCAUAAGCAUGUUAUUAACUUUAAACAGGGUGUUUUUUCAUCACUUAGCCAUAUUUUGCGAGGUGAAUUAUGUAGCUCAUACUCAGCAAUUUUUACUAUGAGAUUUACCCUGCCAUCGCGAAAAGAAUUGCCAGUUUCAUAGCAAAUUUCUAUAGGAAAUCAUUAAUUUUUUUGGUUUUGUUUCCAUAGUAAUAGUGUCUCAGUAUGAUCUAUAUGUGACAUUUUCAACCAAAAGGGUACUUAUUGUCGCUUGUCAGUAAGGCGCUAUUUCCAUAUAGCUUCAAUUAGAAAUCAACCUUAUCGACAAGCGACAAUGUGGUACCUUUUGGUUGAAAAUGUCACAUAUAUUCACCUAGCAAAAUUUGGCUAAAGAUUGAAACUGCCCAUAGGCGAAAUGCAACUUAGUCUUUCAUUAUAACAAGUAUGCUUUAGACACUGUUAAAGUGGGGCCCUUGGGGGACUGCGGGGGCCUUUGGGGGCCCUUUUCACUUCAAAAGGCAGCUCCGACGUAGAUAAGAUAGUGCAAGUACAUUUAUUAGUGUUACGAGUUACGCCUAAGCCUUGAAGGCUAGAAAAGUUUUUAGUUUUUCAGUGUACCAUUUAUUUUUAAUAAUUGACAAAUAUUGGGUUAUUUUAACACAGAUAUAUGCGGAUAAUUGAUUUAAAAAAUGACGGUAGCGACCUCAUGCUAUUGUCACUGUGACAAGGUACAAAAUGGUACUGAACUUUUAAUUCCUUGACGGUACGUGAAAUGACGUUACAAAAAAAUGUUAUUCUGAGUUGAAAUAACCCAAAACUUCUUUAUUUACAAAUAAAUGGUACAUUUUAUUCUAAAAAUGCCCUAAUAACGAAAGCUAGCAAUACAGUGAGACUCAAGCCUUGAAGACUUGGAGGCUUGACUCGCAACACUAAAGUUAGUGUAGUAAGCUUAAGUGUAAGGCUUCAUUGUCAAUACUCAUAGCUCAUUGGUGGGAGUUUUUGGAGAA